AUGGCCUUCUUUGUCUUUUCCCGUCAAGCCGGUUUACAAAGCGCAUUCGCCGGUAGAGGUGUGAGUUCGCAGUUUGUGAAUUUUCUUAGCUGUACUUUGGUCAGAAACUUAAGCCAAAAAAUGGGUUUGCCCAGGGUAUAUUUCGACAUGACUGCUGAAAACGAGCCCGUUGGAAGAAUCAUUAUCGAGCUAAGAAACGACGUGGUUCCCAAAACAGCCGAAAACUUCCGGGCCUUGUGCACCGGCGAAAAAGGCUUUGGCUACAAAGGAUCCACCUUCCACCGUGUCAUUCCCAACUUCAUGUGCCAAGGAGGCGACUUCACCAACCACAACGGUACCGGAGGAAAAUCAAUCUAUGGAAACAAAUUCGCAGAUGAAAACUUCACACUAAAGCACACCGGACCUGGUGUAAUGUCGAUGGCCAAUGCUGGUCCAGACACCAACGGAUCCCAAUUCUUCAUCACCACCGUCAAGACUUCCUGGCUGGACAACAGGCACGUCGUAUUCGGAAGCGUAGUCGAAGGAAUGGACGUCGUCAAGAAAAUCGAGGCUUUGGGCUCUCAAUCUGGAAAAACAUCCAAGAAAAUUGUCGUAGCUGACUGUGGUCAAUUGUAA